GUACACAGUAUUAUUACAGUCCAAAGCUCACUCACAGUGUUACUGCGCGCAGGUUAACAAUAUGACGUUUUUUGUACCAGUGAUCUUAACUAUAGUGUCAUGUCUGGCAGCGACAAUCCAGGGUCAAGGACGAUGUGUUCCGUGCAGAUUAAGAUCGCCUGAUUAUUCCAGUUGCACGUGUUUGCCUAACGUACAUGGAUGCGAAAUCGAACUGAAUUCUGGGAAUCAGAUUGCCACACCAAAGUUUUCGGGACAGGAGCAAGGAUCAGUCUACAGCUGCGUGCCAAAAGUCGAGAAUCCAAACUACGAAGUGCACGUCAUAGCCAAUUAUGAGGGCGAUGGUCACACGGGAUUCCGACAACACAAUACGGGAUACACGACAUUGAACAUACAUGGACGAGGGAGCAGUAAGCCACUUAUCCUUGUCUUAUCAACAUACGAACCUGUCCACUGGACUCUGAACUUCAGUAAUCCCGACACGGUCAUUGACACGGUUGUCUUGUUUGCAUAUCACCUCACGAGAAGUGGAAUCACUCAUCAAGAUGGCCGCGUGGGGUCCAUUGAAAAGAGCAACGAUAUAGCAUGUGCCUAUGGCAGCGAUACCGGUGGAUGCUACACUGUAGACCUAUUAAAAUUCAUAGAAAAUAAUUAUGGCAGUGUGACUUCAUUUAGUGGUACUUACAAAGCCAAUGAAUGGAAUCUAGUUUUGCAAGAAGACAGUCCAACACAUUCCGUGUCUUGCGGUUUUGAGGAUGAUGGAAUCUGUGGAUACACGCAAGCUGUGGACGAUGACUUUGAUUGGGAACGCAGAACUGGAUACAGUGGUUUAUUUGGGCCUAGUUCUUCAAACAUGUAUCGCCAUGGUUUUUACAUGAGGGCAAGUGCUGGCGCUGGCUCAAUCCCUGGAAGACCAUACUCUCCAGCUGAAGGUGAAAGUGAUAAAGCGAGACUAAUCUCACCAAGCUAUCAAACCACAUCGGCUAAUCAAUGCCUGAAGUUCCAUUAUUACUGCGCCACCAACGGCAGGGGACAGCAUAGAUCUCGAUUAAACGUAUACACUAUGACCGACAGUGGGUUAGGAUAUCCUAUUUGGGCCCGCCCACGGUGUAACGAACAGGCGUGGCACACAAAGGAAAUAACCAUUAACGGUGUGGAUAGCAGUUCAUAUAGGGUUGUAUUUGAAACAGUUCAUUCAGGAUGGCCUUAUACCAAUAUGGCCAUUGAUGACGUCACACUUGUGGAAGGUCGGUGCGGCGAUACAUCACCUGGAAACCAAAACCAGUUGCGUUGUUAUUGUGACGAGUGUAAUUCACGUAACAACACAUGCGUCACUGAUGGAAGCUGUUACGGUGAAAAAGUCGUCAUUGGACGAAGAGAGCAGUAUUCCUUCCGCUGUCUCGAUAAGGUAGUAUUGGAAGCAGCUCCGUACCUCUGUAUGCCGUCCGCAGGCCGUGCAUUGCUGCAGACGGUUACUGUGUGUUGCCACGACGCGGACAUGUGUAAUCUGAGAAUUAUUGAAGGUAUACCUCAACGAACACCUGCACCACCAUCAACAACAAUAACAACAACUACAGAAUCUCCAUUUGCCGACAAACCAGGACAAUGUCCGGAUUUAAGCCAAGAAUAUGAUAGCUUCUGUGAAUGGCAAUGUAAUCAUGAUCCCGAGUGUGCAGGCGAUGAGAAGUGUUGUUUUACUGGAUGUGGUACAACUUGCACAAUGCCUGCCAAUACGGUGCAUGCUGGUAGUUGUCCAGUGAUUACCCUGGGUAUCUUCCGGUCGUGUACAGGCCGCCCUGACUCGUGUAAUUCUGACGACGACUGUCGCUUAAAUGAGAAAUGCUGUUCUACUGGAUCGCGGUGUGGGAGGGCCUGUGUCCCAUCCAUCAUCCAUGAUGUUCAGAAACCCGGCACGUGUCCAUUUUUCCCAUAUGGUCUACGUGGGGCACAUUGCGGCGAUCAGUGCAUCACAGACAGCGAUUGUCCAAGCAAUGAGAAAUGUUGUUCUACUCACUGUGGUCAUAUUUGCUCAACACCAAUUGAAGCUUUCAAGCCCGGCACAUGUCCUGCCAUUACGGGCAUAGGCACUUGCCAAGAAGAAUGCUCUGGGGACGCUGACUGUAACGGGGAUAACAAAUGCUGUUCCAAUGGAUGUGGUCACGUAUGUGCUCAACCCGUACCGAAAGUUCCCUCAGAACCUGAGUACGAGAUGUGCUGGACGGGAUCAGUGUGCGGUGGCUGUAAUCCAGAUUACGUUGGAAGUGUUAAUGGACUUCAGGUUUGCUGCCCUCAUUGUCGUGAACAAGGACUUCGAAUAAUCGGCAGAAAUUGUACAUGCGUUAAAGAAAUUGCUGGCAAUAAUAAUAAUGAUGAUGAAAAGGAAGAGGGCAAUGAUGACGAUGAAGCCGUUUCGGAAGAGCAGUGGACACGACGAAACUUCAUGUAUGAUGAUAGCUACACCACUUGUACUGGAGACCAGUAUGUGAAACUAAAAAAACGAUCUUUUCCAUAUAUUUUGAAAAAAAAAUAG